AUGGCGUCGCUCGAGGAAGAAGAGGACCGUGACCUGGCAGGUUCUCAGGAUGGAAGCUCCGAUAAUGAGAUUGAUGAUAAUAUGCGCGAUGUGGAUGAUGGAGACGGCGACCCUGAUGCGGACCUGGAGGUAGAUCAAGAUCAGGAUCAGGAUCAGGAUCAAGAAGAUCAAGAUCAAGACGGGGAAGAUGGGGACCAAGAUGCUGAUAGUCCCUCCAACGCAAGUCAGACAUCAGAGGGCGCUGGCAUGACCUCUCAGCAAAACCAAGAUAUCGCAAACAGAGACUCCCCUAGAAAUGGAGAUAACGGAUAUUUUUCAAUUUACCACCCAAGCGUACGCCCGGAAUGCCUGACGGCAAAGACCUAUGACAUUCUUCCGACCACAGCUGCUCCUCACAGUACCUCAGUCAAUGCAAUCACUGCGACUGCCGAUAUGCGCUGGGUAUUUACUGGAGGUUCCGAUGGAUAUGUGCGCAAAUUCAACUGGGCUGAUUCGAUAAACAGCAAGCUAAUGUUGACUGUCGCGCAAAGACACCCAUUCGUCGAUAGCGUUGUCAAAGCUGGUGUAUUGAUGACAUACUGGGAAAAUAUGGACGGAAACAGUUUGUCGCCUGUAUAUUCUUUGGCUUGUCAAAGUGAGGGUCUUUGGCUACUUUCUGGAUUACAAUCGGGUGCGAUACGGCUUCAAACCCUCCGGCACGACGAAGGUAAAGAGGUCGCGCUUCUACGUCAACAUACUUCGGCAGUCUCCACAUUAAAUCUGACAUCGGACGAACAGUCGCUGCUCUCAGGUAGCUGGGAUAAGAGGGUACUUGACUGGGAUUUGAAUACUGGGCAAGCUCGGCGUGCUUUUGGAGGCAGUGCUCGUCAAAUCUCAGCCCUCCAGUUCAGACCAGAGUCUAGUCUACCCGUGCCGCAGGACACUAUUGAUGCUUUUCAGCCAAAUGGUACAUACUCUUCAAAUUACCAAGCCAACGGAAUCGAAAGCUUCGACUUCACAGAGAACCCCCCGGAAUUUGGAGAAGCAGGCGAUGUCGAGAACCCGCAGGCGGGCUCGCCAGCAGACUCACUUUUUGGUGGGGCUGAUUCACUAUUCGGGGAUGCUGAUGGUGCAGCAGCGGAUAGUGGAGUGCCAUCUGGUGGUGUUAUGUUCGGAGUAGAAGAGGAUGAUGAGUUUGGCCGUGCAAUGGCCCAUGGUACUCUCGAUGAUGCUGAUGCUGACGCUGACGCUGAUGCUGAUGCCGAUGCUGAUGCUAAUGCCUAUGCUGAUGCUGAUGCUGACGCUGAUGCUGAUGCCGAUGCCGAUGCCGAUGCUGAUGCUGAUGCUGAUGCUGAUGCUGAUGCUGAUGUUGAUGUUGAUGCUGAUGCUGAUGCUGAUGCUGAUGCUGAUGCCGAUGCCGAUGCCGAUGCUGAUGCUGAUGCUGAUGCCGAUAUCGAUGCCGAUGCCGAUGCCCCGGGGGAAGUUGACACAAUGAUACCAGAAAUUGAAUCUAGGGCAAACCCGAACUCACUACCCUAUGAUUCAAGUAUGGAUGUUGAUGGCAGGGCUGACACGAAACCAGAGGUAUCUGACAUUGAAAUGACAACUGCGCUCGCACAGUCAGCUGAAAGGCUACCCAAAGCAGAAGAGAUGGAAACCAUUUCGCGAGGUCAAGACCCAACCCAGUCAAUGCAGUCGGAACAUCAUGGUACUGGAACAGAUACUACCUUCCUGGCAGCAUCUAUCGACGGCACAAUUCGGGUGUGGGACAGACGUCAACCUGACCCAGUUGCUCGAAUAACUCCAUCCCGGAACACACCUCCAUGGUGCAUGAGCGCCUGCUGGUCUCCGGAUGGGAAUUAUAUCUAUGCUGGACGACGAAAUGGCACAGUUGAAGAAUACAGCAUGCAUAAGAGCCUUCGGGAUCCCGUACGCACGUUCAAGUUUCCUCAGGGAAGCGGCUCAGUAACAGCUCUCAGAGCUAUGCCUAAUGGCCGCCAUCUAGUUUGUGCCUCUCAUGAUAUUUUACGUCUUUAUGACCUAAAACACGAUCAGCUCUCUCGGCAGUCAACAACGCCAUUCCUUAUUAUCCCCGGACAUCGGACUGGAACAAUUUCUCAGCUUUAUGUAGACAACGCAUGUCGCUUCAUGAUAUCAGCUAGCGGUAACCGCGGCUGGGAAGGACACACUACCGAAGUUAUUCUUGGAUACGAAAUAGGGCUACCG